UCGCAGUUGACGAUUAUAUUGUUUUAAAAACACUGCAAUAAAUUAAAGAAAGUGCAAUUUGUUCUAACUCAUUCAUUCAUUUCAAGCUCAAAAUUUGAAUUCCAUUUCACUCUACCAACAAAUCACAACGCUUACAUGCUCCCGCGGCCAUCCUUUUAAACCAAUUUUCAACCAGUGGAGACUAGCUGGAAUAACUCGUGAUUGGAGGAAACAAUACGACCUCAUCUCUAUGAAAGUCAUGAGAACAAGAAAUGGACGGUCAGAAGGAGAAAUCGCAAGCACUUUACGGCUGCAAUUUCUGUUUACAGUUGCGUUGGAAAACUGUUGAGAUACUGUACGCUUUUCCGCGGUUUUGAUUAUUAAUACAACUGACAGUACUCGAGAUCACUAUUAAUUCGAUCAAAGAGUGGAAAGUUUGUGGUAACGAAAAAAUAAGACUGAAAUUCCGACCCGGGGUGUGAUUUCGGUUCUGCUCAUUCGACCAAAAAAUGAUGUGCUCCGAUUGUCAUGUUCUUCAAAGAAGUGGUUUUUUGUAAAGUGGAAUCCCGAAACGACUUACCACUUCUGCUUUGUGAUAUCUGAGUGAACGGUUCGAACUCAUAAUUUGACGAUCGAAGUCGUUUUGAGCCACGUUAACAAAUUCAGAUACAAAGAUGGUAGUACUUAGUAACUUUUUGGCUCCAGAGGAGGGAGUUCGACAUGAAGAACAAGAAACAACUUUAUACGUUAAUGAUAAAGAAUUCGGAAAAGGAACACUUUAUAUUACAGAAAGCGUACUUUCUUGGGUCAAGAAUGACACCCGACAGGGAUUUUCACUGGAAUAUCCCCAUAUUACACUUCAUGCCAUCUCACGAGACGAACAAGUUCAUCCUCGGCAUUGUCUGUACGUUAUGGUCGAUGCCAAAGUAGAUCUUCCAGAUGAAGCACGAACACCUUCCGAAAGUAACUCAGAUGAAGAAGAUGAAGAUGAUUCAGAUGCCCCAAUGACUGAAAUGAGGUUUGCGCCUGAUAAUACAAACAAUUUAGAUGCUAUGUUUCAAGCCAUGAGUCAAUGCCAAGCCCUUCAUCCAGAUCCACACGACAGCUUCUCUGACGCUGAAGAAGAUAUUUAUGAAGAUGCAGAAGAAGAUGAAUUCGAGUAUUACGAAGUAGGUGCUGGUGAUGCCCCAUACAUUUUAUCAGCAGAAAUAGUUGGAGAAAAUCACAAUGGCAACGGCGUGGAAACAGAAGAAGCUAUGGACGUUGAAGCCGGUCAAUUCGAAGACGCAGAAGAAGAUCCCUAAACAAUUUGAUUUUAAAUUGCGACAACAUUUGGUACUUUUGCAUUUAGUUAUCGUUUAAUUUAUUGUACCACACCACGGUUAUCUUUUUACCUACGUAUAUAAUCGCUACUGCAUACAGUACAACGGAUACUCGACAAAUCUCAAAGCACGAAACUUUAUUUAUAAUUAUUUUGUACAUGGUACUUUCUUAGGUAAAAAAAUAAUUAAAUAAAUAAUUCUACACCGUUUGACGGUGAUAUUAAGUUUUUUUUUUAAUCGAGCUUGAAGCACUAAUAAAAGAACUGAUCAAAAUAUUCUGGGAAAAUCCCAAUGGUUAAAAAAUUGUGGAAACCCCAGAUUUACACCAUAAUUAAAGUGACAACAUAUUCAAUAUUUAAAGGCAAGAAAACAUUAAAUUCAUUCAGAAUACUCAUGCUCUCACAAUCUUCACAAAACAUAUAUAUGAGAAAAUCACUCGCUUCAUCGAUAUACAUUUCACUGUAAUAUGCAAAACGUAUCGAUAGGCUCGAUGUCUCACAACAAAUAUAAUUUUCAUCCGAGGCUUUAAUGUUUCUUGAAAAAAAAGCGUUAAAGUCUCUCAGGAAUCUAUGGCGAACCAGAUUUAAACGUAAUCAUCGUUACUUAACAUUCCGCAUGUCAACGCUUGGAAAAACAAACGCCACGAUUUCAUCGACAAAUUUGAAAUUACUCGCAAUUAUCCAAUGUAACAGCGCUUGAAUAAAAUUAAGACAUUUUA